UACAAUCGACACUCAAAAGAAGAAUUUUUGAUGGAUGCGAAAUCAGAUAACGUUACCACUGCUAACAGGCGGUGAAGAGAAAUUGCGAGCUUGAAUCUGAGAUCCAUGGCGUCUCGCUAUUUCUCUUCUUCACCGCGUGCUGGGUCGGGAGCCGGAGGAAGUGUUUUGGCAACCGGUGAAUUGAAGAGUAUUGUGAAUACGAUGGUUACGGAGUCUCCUAAUGUUCGGUUUGUCGCAUCUGCAUGUUUUGGAUAUGGGUGCUACCUUGUCUCGAACUAUGUGGAGUCCCGAAAAAAGAACAACGCACUUGAGGAAGCAAUAAAACUCCGGCGUGAUCGUCACGAGGAAGUGGUAGCCAAGGCCAAGUCUGUUCUGCGGGGGAAGAAAUGAUUUUUAGAAGAGACGACAAGUUAGUGUUUGGUUUUUGUGUGUGUGUUGUUUGCUCCUGUAAAAGAAAACAAAAUCCAUGGUUGUGAUUAUUCAGAAGUUGCGUUGUCAUUUAUUUUUUUUAAGUAUUUUGCAUCUUCUGUUUCUUGUCUCUUGAGAAAUAUUUAUGGAAUCUGCUGCACCUUUCUUUGUA